UAUUUUAUAAUAUUUGCUUAUAACGAAACGAAUUCAAUGAUGGCGCCCAUCGAAUUUGCAGCGGGACUGGUUUAACAAAUCAUUGGACACUGACAUUUUAAUGAGUCAUAUUUUCGGUGUUACGAAUUAUGUUGUUUAUGCGGACAUCUACUUAAACUGCGAUAAUUUAACAAAUUAAAACUUAACAUAAAUUAUUUCAGUCACUGCUUACAAUAAGUACAAUGGCUGCAACUCGAAGAUUACAAAAGGAACUAAAUGAUAUAAGGCAAUCAGGACUAAAAUCAUUUAGAGACAUACAAGUUGAUGAGUCAAAUAUCUUAACAUGGCAAGGAUUAAUCGUUCCUGACAAUCCCCCCUACAAUAAAGGUGCUUUUCGUAUCGAGAUUAACUUUCCUGCAGAAUAUCCGUUCAAACCUCCAAAAAUAAGCUUUAAGACAAAAAUCUAUCAUCCAAAUAUUGAUGAAAAAGGUCAAGUUUGCCUUCCUAUUAUCAGUGCUGAGAACUGGAAACCUGCCACAAAGACUGAUCAAGUGAUUCAAGCUCUCGUUGCUCUCGUAAAUGACCCUGAACCGGAACAUCCUUUGCGUGCAGAGCUCGCCGAGGAAUUCCUAAAGGAUAGGAAAAAAUUUACAAAGAAUGCUGAGGAAUUUACUAAAAAGCACAGUGAAAAGCGACCUACUGAUUAAAAAUUUGUUUAAAUGAAUUUACAGCAUCAGAACUAACAUAACUGGACUUGUCAAAGUGUUUAUACGUCACAUUUGUGUCAUUUAUUGAUUUUACAUUAUCAAAUUAUUUUUUUUGUAUAUGUAGGAUUUAAAUUUAUAAAAUAUUUAUAAAUUCCAAUUAGUGAUGAGACAGAAAAUAUGCUCCCUACAAGAACAUAUUAUCUACAUUUUUUUUUUACUAGCACUUUAACAAGUCUUCUGAGUUAUAUUAGAACUGAAGAUGGAAUUUUGCUGUAAAUACCAUAUAUGCUACAGGAUACAAAUAAACUUCAUAAGAUCCACACAAUGCUUGCAAAAUUUGAGCACCAAUAAUUAUAUGAUCAAAAUAUUUUAGCAAAUUGCUAUUUCUUAAAAAACAGCUUUUUAGAAUUAUUGUUUUUAAGUUACAAUUAAAAUUAAAAAUAAUUUAGUUGAAAUUUUUCAUUUGAUUUAUAAUAUUUAUUUAACAAUAUUAGCUCUGCCAAUUUAAAAACAGAAACUAAGUAUUUAAUUAAACAUUUUAAUACACUUUUGAUUUCUUUGGGUACUUUAAAUUCAAAAAAUAUAAUGUUUAAUAUCACAUAAUGAACUUGUAAAAUAAAAACAUAAUUAUUUAAAUAUUUAAAAGAUUAUUUGAAAUCAAAUAUCUGUAAAUAAAUGAAAACACAACUAAAUUGAAAAUAUAAUUCUGUCGUAACAUCUUUAUUUAUCUUUCAUCACCUUAAUAAAUGAAUCCUGUAUAACAAGAAUUAAAUAAAUUAAAAAAAUUAUGAAUGCA